GCCAGCAUGCUCAGCGGCACUAAGACAGCUGAGUCACACAUAUACACAGAGCCGGAAAAAUACUGACAAAAAAAGAGCUGCUGCUGUUGAGAAAUUCUUCCGAGUCCACUGUUGUCCGAGAACCACCGGAAAGAUGCUAACUAUAACACUGAAGACACUCCAACAGCAGACGUUCAGAAUCGAAAUAGACCCAGAACUGACGGUGAAAGCCCUGAAGGAGAAAAUAGAAGAGCACAGAGGUAAAGAUGCAUUUCCUUCAGUGGGACAGAAACUCAUCUAUGCAGGCAAAAUCUUAAACGAUGAUAUCCCACUGAAAGAGUACAGAAUCGAUGAGAAGAACUUUGUGGUGGUCAUGGUUACCAAGCCCAAACCAACCUCUCCUGCUGAAGCAGUCACUCACUCAGUUCCCACGCCAGCUGCAACUCCAGUGCCACCCUCAGCUGCAGCACCAGCACCAGCCUCUGGCCCAAAACAGGUGCCCUCCACACCAACACACACAAUGUCUGCUGCUGUACCUGCCUCACAGUCAGUGCCUCCCUCGGAAGCCCCGCCCUCUGUUCAAGAAAACACCACUGUGGCUUCUGUUGGUGCAACAGCAAAACCCACCUUGGACUCACACUCAGAAUCAGCUCUGGCCUCUGGUUCCACAGCCACUGUUGCCUCUUCCACAGCUCCUGAAGCUGUACAGGAAGCCCCUGAGUUAGUCCCUACAGAUAGCCCCACCCCUGCUGCCCAGUCAGAAGAAGAGCUGAGGGAAGACCCAGAGAAUGAACCAUCUGGCACAGCACCAGUCCAGUCCUCUGCUUCAAGCCUCGUUGAUGAACUGGGUCUUCUUGAAGAAGCAGCAUCAAUACUGGUGACUGGACCAGCAUAUGAAAACCUGGUGUCAGAGAUUAUGUCGAUAGGAUAUGAGCGGGAGCAAGUUGUUGCUGCACUAAGAGCCAGUUACAACAACCCAGACAGAGCAGUGGAGUACUUGCUCAUGGGUAUUCCAGCAAGGGCUAGUGAUCUGCACAAUCCACAACCAAGUAGACAUAGUAUUCCAGCCAACCCCUCUACACCUUCUACAGAAGAACCACCACAGCAGCCUCCAGCACCCCCCAGUAGGCCUGUGUCCAGCAGCCAGCCUGUCACUGCUGGAGGAGGAUCUGGCUCCAUAGGGAACCCUCUGGAGUUCCUGAGGAACCAGCCUCAGUUCCAGCAGAUGAGACAGAUCAUCCAGCAGAACCCAGCCCUCCUGCCAGCCCUGCUGCAACAGCUCGGGAGAGACAACCCACAGCUGCUGCAGCAAAUCACAGAGCACCAGGAGCGUUUUGUACAGAUGCUGAAUGAGCCACAAGCUGGAGAUACAGGAGGAGAAGAUGCUGAUGCCCAUGGGUCACCACACACUAACUACAUCCAGGUCACCCCACAGGAGAAAGAGGCAAUUGAGAGGUUAAAAGCACUGGGAUUCCCUGAAGGUUUAGUCAUCCAGGCGUACUUUGCUUGUGAGAAGAAUGAGAAUCUAGCUGCUAACUUCCUGCUACAGCAAACAUGGGACGAUGAGUAAGCCCGCAUCACCGGGCUCAUCACUGCUCAACAGAGGGCUGCAGAGUGGAUGACACCACUGCAAGUCUGCCAGGGAGAAACAAGGGCAGGAGAGGAAGGGGAUAUUUCUUUUCACACCAUGGGACUGUGGCCAUUAAAUGACGAUGAUGAUGAUGAUGACAAUGAUGACAUGGUGUUCAAAGUUAGUUGCGCUGCCUACUCUUCAUUCAGCUAUGAUGAUCAUCAUAGGUGCUACCACUGAGCAUUGCCUCACUGCUACUACAUCAUUACUGCUGAUGCUUGUAUUGAGUGACCACACUGACAGAAGUCCCACCAGUAAAUUUGCAAACAGCCUACAUCACAGGCCAGCAGGAUUUAAGUUAGAGGAUUUCCUCUGCAGUGAGCUCACAGGCUGCCUGUUGAACACGUUAAACUACUGUACAUGUGUAAAGUAAGGUAAUACAUAAUAAAUGAGAAAAAAUGCAUUUUCAACAUGCGAACCUACAUGUUGGAGUUCCCUGAACAUUUGACUAAAACUGUUGACCUCACUGCUUGGAAGCUACUAUUGAUUUAGAUCAAAGCUCAUAUUGGAUCCUGUCACUUCCGCUGCUUCUUUUGUCCGUGCAAAAAGUCUUUGCAAAUUCUUCUAUUGGUGUCUGACCAUGUAGAUGUGUAAAAGCUGGCUGAAUUUCACAGCUGGAUAGUUGAAAUGUUGACACCUAUUCAACCGUUCCCCAAAAAGGAGAAAUGAUAAAAUGUUUUUAAUUGAGAUCAUUUACAUUUUAAUUAAAUGUAGAAAUGUUAGUGUCCUCUCUCUUUUACAAGUCGAGACUAUCUCAAAGUUUUGUCUUUUUGAUGACUGACUUACUGGGUCUGUUGCAUUGAAAAUGCACAUCUGAUAAUGUCACAAAGAGUCCCUGCAAUUAGGGCUAGAGAAACUCCUUUUCCACAAGACACCUGUUAAGUCAGAAUGAAUCACUCACACAAGUGCAGUUAAACUGUUGUUGCCUUGUUAAGGAAAGCUCUGGGGACAGUCGAUAAUAAUGAUAAUAAGGCAAAUAAAGAAACAGUGAUGUCUGCUGUUGCUGCUUCUCCUCUUCCUUCUCCACCAAGUAUUUGAGGUUUUAGUAGCUCCUCCCUGAGUCUGCUCUUGUGCCCUGCAUUUUGACUUAAAGGUGUUUUUUAUUUCAGUUUGUUGUGAUGGUGUGAUUGAGUCACUUUAUUUUAGUGUCAUUACAUUAUUAGUACAAACUGCAUCUAUUAGUAACAUUUUUUCUUGAUGGUUUGGAUAAGUAAUAUUUUACUUUAUGUAUUAUUAGGGGCAAGGAUUAAUUUAUAAAUUUCAGUCAAUAAAAUAAACUUAAGGAUGAUUCAUAGAGCAGACAAAUCCUGAAAGUACAGAAAUAUACACGAUACUUUCCCCAGCUGACCCAAGGGAGACUCCUAUUUUUUAUUUACUCUCAAUGAUUGCUGUUUCAAUUUGACAUUCUCACAUUUGUGUUGGAGAAAUGAUAAGAAACUGUAGGCAUUCAUUGGUCUUAUAUAAUAGAGCAGUUAACUUCACUACCCAUUUAACUACGUUUGUUGUCAUUCACCAAGACAACAAGAAAGCCUUUUUAGGUUUGUACUGUGUUAAGUUUACAGGGAAAACUAUGUUUAUGUGCUUUUUCAGCAUAGAAUAAACUUCUAGGAGGUUUUAGCUAGUUUGUUUUUACCAGUUUUGUUAGAUUGGACCUUACAUUACUAUUCAUGUAACCAUAAAG